AUGUUUACAAAAAAUGGCAGUUGUGGUUUGUGGAUUUUAUUAAAAAUUUAUUAUUAAAUUAUUCCUAGCAAUUAAAUAUUAACUGGUAAAAAUAUACUCUUUUAAACAAACAACAAUAAUGCCUUGUUGUUCUAUUUGUAAAAAAGAAGAUGACAAUCCUGUUGAUUAUGGAGAUUUCAUGAAUAAAUCCGGAAUAUGUGUCCACUACUAUUGCCUUCUCCUUUCGACACAUCUUCCUCAAAACGGAUCAGAUUCCUCUGGAAUAUUAGGGUUUCUAUUGCGUGACAUUCGCAAUGAAAUUAAAAAAUGUGCCCAAAGGAUUUGUUGCUAUUGCAAAGAACCCAAUGCCUCAUUAGCAUGCUUCACAUGCAAACACUAUUUCCAUAACAUUUGUGCCAAUCAAAAUAAUUGCUCCUCUGAAUUUAUCGAUGAUUUUCGCUCCUAUUGCCACUAUCACGUUCCAUUUAAAAAUGAUAAAAUGUUAAAACAAAAGAAAAGUACUUGCUGGAUUUGUGAGGAAGAUCUUGGCGAAUAUAAUCCCAUUCUAACUCUUCGAUCUUAUUGUUGCCAAAAUGGCUAUGUCCAUCGUCAUUGUUUGCGCAAACAUGCCCUCAAUGCUGGCUAUCGUUUGAUCUGCAUUUGGUGCACUGGGAAAGACUUUCGCGAUGACAUGCGCAAGCAUGGAGUCUUUGUGCCAGAUCGUGAAGCAAUUUGGGAUAAUAAUGAAACCCAACGAUACACUGAUUUACAUCGUGGCUAUUCAAAAUGCGAUGCUAAAAGGUGUGUUUGUCCGCAAGGUCGCGAUUACUUUACCGCCACUUUGUGGAAGUUGAUGAUUUGUUGUAUGUGUGGAGCAUCAGGAGUUCAUGAGAAAUGUGGUAGCGCGCUGAUAUCCAAAAAUCAAUACACAUGUGAAACUUGCAGUCAAGUUCUAUUGCAAGCAAAAAGAGAUAAGGAACGACCAAAAGACACUAACUUUAAUUGCACAAUGUUCAUGUCGAAAACGUUCGAAGAAAGACCAGAUCUAUUGCAAAUUGUAAAUUGUUUGAGUUCGAUUGAAACAAAAAACUCAGAUAUUGAAGAAGUCCUAUCAUCAAAAGGCACUGAAGAAUCUGAACAAAUAAAUCUGCCGUCAACUUCAUUGGUUUCGCAAAAGAAACCACAAAUCAGAGAGAUGUUUAUGUUUGGAAAAAAUAAGCAAAUAGUUGGUGUGGUUAAAGUCGAUAAAGAGAAGCUUGAAGAAACAGCCGAUGGACUUACAUGCAAAGAAGAGGAUGUUCUUGAUUAUUCAACUUCUAGUAAACUGUUGAAGUCGAUUUUUUCAGAUAUUGAAGAUGAAGGUCGUGAGUUGUCCAUAGACAUGGUGGAUGAAAUAUUUGAUCGUUUUAAGUUAACGUUGGAGAAUUUUGGUGAUGAUUCAACAAGUGAAUUUUCUUUGAAUUAAUUGAAUACUUAUUAUGUAUUGAAUACAUAUUAUUAAUUUUUGUUAUACAAAAUAAAGGAAUUGGUUAUUUUUUGUUAGUAAA